GGGUCUAGUCUGCGGCAGACACGCCCCACUCUGGGCAUCGCGACGUCGGAGCACACAGAGCGUCAUUUCCGCCCUCAUCCUCGGCCCACUGGAGGGGCGGAGCCAAGCGGAAGGCGCGCUGCUUGUGCGUCACUUCCGGUGAGUCUAGCGGCGACAACGGCAACAUGGCUCUGAACGGCUCUGAAGUCGACGACUUUUCCUGGGAGCCCCCGACCGAAGCGGAGACGAAGGUGCUGCAAGCGCGGCGGGAGCGGCAGGAUCGCAUCUCCCGGCUCAUGGGCGACUACCUGCUGCGUGGUUACCGCAUGCUGGGCGAGACGUGCGCGGACUGCGGGACGAUCCUCCUCCAAGACAAACAGCGGAAAAUCUACUGCGUGGCUUGCCAGGAGCUCGACUCAGACGUGGAUAAAGAUAAUCCGGCUCUGAAUGCCCAGGCUGCCCUCUCCCAAGCUCGGGAGCACCAGCUCGCCUCUGCUUCGGAGCCCACCUUGGGCUCUCGGCCUGCCCCUCAGCCCCCAGUACCCCGUCCAGAGCACUGUGAGGGAGCUGCAGCAGGGCUCAAGGCAGUCCAGGGGCCGCCCCCUCCUGCUGUGCCUCCAAAUGCAGAUGUCGUGGCCUGCACACAAGAGGCUCUCCUGCAGAAACUGACCUGGGCCUCAGCUGAGCUGGGCUCUAGCACCUCCCUGGAGACUAGCAUCCAGCUGUGUAGCCUUAUCCGGGCUUGUGCUGAAGCUCUGCGCAGCCUGCAGCAGCUGCAACACUAAAGAACCCCUCCUGAGAAAAUCCCUGUAGAAAAACA